AGAAGUGGAAAGAGAGAGAGAGAGAGAGAGAGAAAGAAAGGAAGCAAAGAAGUGGGGUUCAUCUUUGUAUUUGCAGCAGCUGGAAGAGGAAUCCAAAGGGAUCGCAUUGAUCCUUACUUAUUUGUUUGGAUCAUGCAAUCCCUUUGGAUUUAUCCUUCAUUUGCUUAAUUUUUUUCAAUUAUUAAUUACUUAAAUUAAUUAUUCCUCACAAAUAUUAUCUUAAGAGAUUGAUAAUAGUUAUUUUCGUUGAUUAUUUCACCACAAUCCACAUCUCUUCAAGUCCAUAAGCUUCAUGAGUUUCCUGCUUUCCCAAAAAAAAGACUGCUGCCUGCCGCAAGCUAAUCUAAUUCUGCUUUCCUCACCGUCACUACCUGCCGCCGGUGGCUCUGACACUACAGUCUGGCGCUGCUCCUGCUUGCUGCUGCUCACGCCUCACUUGGUCGAAAGUCGAGGGUCGACUGUACUGUAUUCCUCUUCUACUCUUUACAAAAACCGUAAAAAUCAAAUUUUUGAUUUUUUUAGAUACAUGUGCUUCGAGCCCCGCUACACCCGCCUACAAAACAGCAGCAGCAGCUGCCUUUUCGUUCGCCACCACCAGCAGCUACGGCUGUCUGCACUACCACCAAGGCCCACCGUGGUGUCUUGACCCUCCUGUGAAAGUUUUGUUCAUAGCUUUGAAAGUUUUAUCCUUCUUAGCUUUAGUUUUUUAAUAUUUAGCUUUGAAAGUGUGUACAUAUAUAGAAUACAUUCAAGAUUGAAUUAGUAUAUAAUUAUUUUUUAUUGCUUUAGCCAUGAAUUCAAUUACUCCAAUAACUGUGUUUUGAAUUAGUAUAUAAUUGUUUUUUAUUUAAAU